CCACUCCAGCUUCACCAUGUUCACAUUUUUGUGAUAAUAAUGACAUUAAUGACGUUAAUGGAAAUCAAUAACAAUUGACAACAAUCAAGAGACAUUGAAGAUAUAGAAUACACAACAAAGUUCCUGCCAAGAAUAAUCCCCUUAAAUUAUUGAAACACUCAAUAAGGGAUGUUGUCGCGAAAUGUCUCAAAAUUUUCAAAGACUUUGAACUUGACAUAUUUCUGGGUCUGGAGAAGUGAUUGUGACUGGCAUCCCUGCCUAAAAAAAGGAGUCCUCUGCCAGCAGGCUGUGCAUCAUUAUAUUGGCCAUGUAGGUACUUCUGUGACACGGUCAUUAUCAACAACAAAUUGCAAAAUGGCGGAAACGCCUCAUAGCGAUGAAACUACAUGCUCGUCAAAAAAGGACAUUUCGCCUCAUCUGAAAGGGAUAUCCAGGUACAACCAGGAGAAUAUCCGCCGGGCAGUCGAGACCAUUAUGGAUUCAGAUGCUUUACUCAUCACUGCUGGAGCAGGAAUGGGUGUCGAUUCAGGCCUUCCCGACUUCAGGGGGCCGCAAGGGUUCUGGAAGGCAUACCCACCUUUGAAGGAACGAGGACUGACAUUACCUGCGAUGAGCAAUCCACAGUGGUUUGAAGAUGAUCCAGAAUUUGCUUGGGGAUUCUUCGGUCAUCGAUAUAAUCUUUACUCCAACACAGAACCACAUGAGGGAUUUCAGAUACUAAAAUCUUGGGCAGAGAAAAUGGCAAAGGGACACUUUGUUUUUACAAGCAAUGUUGAUGGACAUUUCCAAAAGGCUGGUUUCCCAGAGGACAAAAUAACUGAGUGUCAUGGGUCCAUAAACUAUUUGCAGUGCACAGAUGCAGAUAAGUUUCCAAACAUAUGGCCUGUGCCUGCUGGUUUUAGCCCACAGGUUGAUGAAAAGACCUUGAGGGCUAAGAAGCCCUUGCCUCUAGGUCCGGAUGGUGAAGAUAUCUGUCUUGCAAGACCCAACAUCAUGAUGUUUGGAGAUUGGAGUUGGGUCAGUUACCGCUCUGAUGAUCAAUAUGAGGAGUUCUGUAAAUUUAAGAAGACGCUAAGGUAUGCUAAGCUUGCUGUAGUUGAGUGUGGUGCAGGUCUUUCUGUUCCUACAGUAAGGGCUGCCAGUGAGAAUCAACUUGAGCACAGUAUUGUCAAGAAGGGUGUCCUAAUUCGUAUCAAUCCUAGGGAACCAGAUGUACCUGAGGAAGAGCACAACAUCAGUAUUGAACUUGGGGCUCGUGCUGCUUUGAAAGCUAUGAAUGGAUUGUUGAAAGAAAAAGGAUGGUAUUGAGACACCCACAGUUGUUUAAUGUUGCAGUGUGUGAAAAUUGAACUUUUGAACUUCUAAGUCGAACUUCCAAGUUGAACUUCCAAGUUGAACUUCUAAGUCGGCUAAGUACUCCUACCCCAUUUUUACUUUAGAUAGCACUCUGACUGUAAUAAUUGAAAACAUUGCAUCCAUGUACAAAAAUGAGGUUGAGGUUUAUAGUAUAGUAUAGU